AUGCAAAGAAAAUGGAGGAAUCUAUGGACUACGCUUGUGAGAAGAAUGGAAGACUCUAAAAGUGAAUCCAAAGCCAAAAAGCCGUAUUAUUUGAACGAGACAAUGCAGUUCACGAUACCAUUUGUCAAAACCUGUGCAAUACCUAGUGGAAAUUUGUCACCGAUUCCUAAUGAAGAUUUUGUGACUGCCGAUGUGUGUGAAAACUCUAACAUAUCGGAAUAUCCUGAACCAAACCAACAGGGCAGCAAUCCAGUCUCAUCACUAGACUACCACUUCCCCUUAAUCCCUCUACUUCGAAUAGCACCACACCACUAUUUACGAGACAAUCUGAAACUAAACUCGUUAACACUCCAGAAUCGAAAUUUUUUAAGUCCAAAUAUACUGCAGGUAAAAAGUUAA